GGUUUGUUUUGGUGGCGCCGUCAGAAAGACAGAAAACAAACCAGCCCUCUCGCCUCGUGUUGUCUGUCCAGUGCCUCGUGUGUUGUACUGGCCUUCCCUCUCACCAUACAGGCUUCCAGUACUAACAUCACUCCCGCCACGGUGAGCUGAGGCUGAAGUAGUGUCUUCCUAUAAGGGCCAUGGGCAUGAAGAAGAAGCAUAAGACUUUCAGCAAGCGUGGUCCAAGGAAUGCAAAGGGAUCAAACUUCAAGUACAAGAAGAAGAAGAGUGAUGUAGAGAAGGCAGAGAUCUCGCUGCUGGAGUCUAGCAAAACAAAGCUUGAUGGCUUAAACCCAGAGGAAAUUGAAAGUUUUCGUGUCCUUCCAUUGAGCAAGAAAACCCUGAAGGGCCUCCGAGAAGCAGGAUUCACUGUGCCCACCAAAGUGCAGCGGCAGUCACUUAUUUUCUCAUUGCGGGGGCAAGAUGUAGUAGCGGCGGCAAAGACUGGCUCGGGGAAGACUCUGGCUUUCAUCAUACCCCUGCUUGAGUUGCUGUAUCACAAAAAGUGGACAGGUAUGGAUGGCCUUGGUGUGUUGGUCAUCACCCCAACCCGAGAACUUGCCUACCAGAUAUUUGAAGUGCUGAACAAGGUGGGCAAAGAACAUGACUUCUCAGCUGGCCUGGUAAUAGGUGGAAAGGAUCUAAAGUAUGAGUGGAAUCGCAUCAGCUCCUGCAACAUCAUGAUCUGCACGCCGGGCCGUCUGUUACAGCACAUGACGGAGAAUGCUGAAUUUGUCUCUGAUAAUGUCCAGAUGCUGGUUCUCGAUGAGGCUGACCAGUGCCUCUCAAUGGGCUUUGCUGACACCAUGAACUGCAUCCUGGAGGAGCUGCCUUCAGAACGGCAGACUCUCCUCUUCUCUGCCACACAGACCAGGGAUGUCAAGGACCUGAUUCGAGCUGGCUGCAACAAUCCAAUAUUUUGCUCAGUUCAUGAACACUCCAAGACCAUCACUCCCAAGAGCCUGCAGGAAAGCUAUGUCCUGUGUAGCGCCCACGACAAGUUCACCUUCCUGUGGUCAUUCAUCAGGCACCAUCGCAAACAUAAAAUACUUGUAUUUCUGGCAACAUGCAAGCAGGUUCAAUACUACUUCCACAUGCUGUGCAAACUCCAGCCAGGCCUGUCAGUGAUGGGCCUCCAUGGCUCCAUGCAUCAGCUGCGCCGCAUGGCUGUCUAUGAUGAAUUCUGUCGUAAGAAACACGCUGUGCUCAUUGCCACGGAUGUCGCAGCACGGGGACUAGAUAUCCCUGCUGUGGACUGGGUGGUUCAGGUGGACUGCCCUGAGGAUGUCACCACCUACAUCCAUCGUGUGGGAAGGACUGCACGCUACUCCAGAAGUGGUGAGGCCAUCCUGCUCCUCACGCCCUCAGAGGAGCCUGCCAUGCUGGACUGUCUGAAGGCCAAGAACAUUCCCAUUGAGAAGAUUGAUGUUGACCAAAGCAAACUGCAGGGAGCCAAUGUCAAGAUGGAGAUUGUCCUUAGUAAGUACAACAACCUGAAGGAGGAGGCUGUGCGGGCCUUCAAGUCUUACCUGAAGCACGUGGUCCUCAUGCGGAACAAGAAGGUGUUUGAUGUGGCAUCCAUUGAUUUAGAUGCUUUAGCCAGAUCCCUGGGUUUGGUGGUGACGCCCAGGGUAAGGUUCAUAGAGAAGCAACUCAAGCAGAAGUCAGGCAGCAACACAACCAACCCAGCACCAGCAGGCACCUCAACACAAAGCAAUACAAACAAGGCACUCACAUCAAGACUCACAACCUUGAACUUUGGUGCAGAUGACAGUGACGAGGAUGAUGAUUUUCUCAGCACUGCGAAAGACCAGAAUAUUGGCCUCUCCGAAGAAGACUCCCAAGACACAGAGGUGGUGGAGGAGCCUCAGAAAACCCAGAGUAAGAAAAAACCUUUAACUAAAUAUGCUGUUGUCAAGAAGCUCCUGAAGAAGAACAUUCAGGUUAACCAAAGAGUUAUAUUUGAUGAAGAAGGAGAGGAAAUUUUGGAUCCCAGGAAACAACAGAUCUCCCAGGCAGCACGUAAAGAACAAAAGGAAGACGUCACUGGUAUCAACAUUUCUAAACUCAAGCAGAUCAUGCAUGAAGAGGACAAAGUUGACAAAAAGAUCCAUGCCUCAAAAUUGAAAGAGAAAAAUUGGGAAAAGAAAAGAAAAGAGAAACAGAAGAACACCAAACUCAGGAAUGAUGAUGAAGCAGAAUUUGAAGAUGAUGAUAGUGAGGAUGAUGAUGUUGAUGACUCCACUCAAGCUAUCAUUGAUGACCUGCCUGACCCAAACAAAUACUAUGGUGGUGAUUCAAGAGAGGAGGAGGAGGAAGAGGAGGAAAAUGAUGAUGAUGAUGAGAUGGAAGAUGAAAUGGCACAGCCACAACCUAAGAAGAGUGUGAAGAGGAAAGCUAGAGAACAAGCCAGGGAAGCUAAGAAGGCAAGGCAAGCACAGAGCAAUACUCUUGAGUCCUUGCCUGUUGAUGAACAAGAGCAGCUGGCCCUCUUCCUUCUCAGAAACAAGCAUUAAUAUCCAUUCUUCCACCAAUAGGGAAAAAAAGAUAUGUAAGACAUACCCACAUGGCCCCCUGGAGGCACCCAGAUGCCAGGGAAGGUCCGCAUGUGUCCAGCCCGAUGAGUGAGUAGGAGCCUGUGGUCACUAGACUCGAGGAGCACUGCCACCCCGACGUCCACCCCUCGCGUCUUUAUCUCUGCAGGAAGGUCAUCCCGCCCCUUCUUGUCCAGGUGCUGAAUGGGACAGAAUGGUGGGUGCUGGUAGGAUAAAGGUAUUUGCUUAAUAUCAUGCAGUAAAUCUGUUAACCCUUGCAUCACUAACUGUAUCACAUUUGUUAUUUGCAGAAGUCAAGCAAACUUUUGUACUCAUUACAGACCAUAUUUUGUGUUUUCCUCAAUAUUUUAUUCUAUGUAAGGCCAAGGGCAAUACACAUCUAUAAGAAUAAAAAAAAUGGCCCAAGGAAUGCCUCUGAUCUAAGAAUUAGUAUUACAUUUUUUAAGGAGGCUCACAAAAUCAGAGGACAGAGGCACAAAACAUAGUGGAAGCAAGUGCAGAAGGUUACUUGACUUAUGAACAAUACUGUAUGUGACAAUGUAAUAUGACUUGCCAUGAUUUUAUAAAGAGGCGGUCUAGCAUUACAAGCUGA